CCCUUUUCUCCCACUGCUUUCUAAUAACCCUGUCCUUGUUUGUACCGGAGCUCUUAUCAAGGAGUCCUGGUCAAUAAUGAAUGCUAUCAGAAGAGCUGGCACAAAUGGACUGCUCUUAGGAAGCCAAGCCGCUUUGUAAUCUCCAUAAAGUCCACAGUCCAGGGAUCCAGCGACUGCAGAAACUGGCCUUCCACUUGCUCUCUCCUGGAAUCCGAGCUAGAGACCCAGGUAGUGGUCCAAGAAGUGGAUUCAGGAGCUGCUUUUGCUUGAGGGUAGGUUCCUCUUGGGGGAGUGAGGCCACCAUGGCUCAGGAGAAGCCCCUCUUCCUGUUCCCACUGCUAGUCCUCGUGCUGCUGGUGCUGGGGUGGGUCCAGCCUUCCCUGGGGAAGGAAUCGCGGGCCAUGAAGUUCCAACGACAGCACAUGGACCCGGACAGCUACCCCAGCAACAACCCUAACUACUGCAACCAAAUGAUGAGGCGCCGGGAAAUGACGAAGGGAUCAUGCAAGCCGGUAAACACCUUUAUCCACGAGCCCAUCGUAGAUGUCCAGGCCGUUUGCCUCCAGGGAAAUGUCACCUGUAAGAAUGGUCAGCCCAACUGCCAUCGGAGCAGCUCCAGCAUGAACAUCACGGAUUGUCGCCUGACGUCCGGCUCCAAAUAUCCCAACUGUGUGUACCGGACCAGCCAGAAAGAGAGGCACAUCAUCGUGGCCUGCGAGGGGAAUCCAUAUGUGCCGGUCCACUUUGAUGCUUCAGUAGAAGUCUCCAUCUAAGACCAGAACAGCAAGAUGCCUCGCCUCAUUAUUGCGUUACCUGCCUCUCCCUUCUUCCUUCCUUGCCCUAAGAGAAAUAAUUCAAGUUAGGGCUCCUAUCCAACACAACUUGCUUCCUUGGCCUGAGGCUUGCCCCUGUGUGGUUUGGUAGGUGAGGAGUGAGUUGUGAGGUGGGCCCCAUGUUAAACCACUUCACCUCUUCUUUCAAUAAAACUCAGUUGCAACCACCUGAA